UCUUCGUCUUCUUCUUUUCACCGAACUUGCCGUGCGAUUUGUCCACAUGUCGUACUAGUGCGGAGUUUUUCAGUGAAUUUCUCUGGGAAAAGCGUACAGUUUCAGCCAAAAUCCAUCACGAUGGCCAAGUUCGACCUCACGGCAAAGAAUUGCCAGUAUUUGGAUCGUCAUCUAACGUUUCCUUUGCUGGAAUUUUUGCUCCAGAAAAAGGUAUUCGACCAGACGUCGUUGCUGAAGUUCAUCCUGGAGACGGUGAGCAAAACGAACAUGGUCGAUUACAAGCAUGACAUUCGCGAACGAUUGGCCAUGGAUAAGGUGCACCCGGAUGAGUUGGCCCAGGGCCGUGCGAAUGUGCUCGCAACGCUGAAGGAGCUGCAGGCCGAGGUAGCGCCGCUGAUGAAGUGCAUGGAGGAGCUGAAGAAUCCGGACUCGACGAAGGAUUCCAAAUCGGUCAUCCAUGCGUUGCAGCAGACGUUGGAUUACGACAUUAUCUUAAGCGCGCAAAAGCUGGCAAAGUAUCUGUACGAAUGCGGCAACUACAACGACUCGCUCUCGUACCUGUACGUCUGCAUGCUGGUAAUGGAGCCGAACGAUAAAAACUACCUCGGUGUGCUGUGGGGCAAGCUGGCAGUCGAAAUCCUGACGCUGAACUGGCAGACGGCUCUGGAGGAUUUGACGCGGCUGCGCGAUUUCAUCGAAAACUACAACUUCUCGCCGAUCCAGGUGCUGCAGCAGCGUGCGUGGCUGAUUCACUGGAGCGUGCUGGUGUUCUUUAACCACGGCAAGGGCCGCGAUCUGAUCAUCGACAUGUUCCUGUACAAGCCGCAGUACUUGAACGCGAUUCAAACGAUGUGCCCGCACAUCCUGCGCUACCUGGCGACGGCGGUCAUCAUCAACCGUGGUCGGCGCAAUGCGCUCAAGGAUCUGAUCAAGGUGAUCCAGCAGGAGUCGUACACGUACCGCGAUCCGAUCACCGAGUUCCUCGAGCAUCUGUACGUGAACUUUGACUUCGAGGGUGCGCGCAAGAAGCUGCACGAGUGCCAGACGGUCAUCGUGAACGAUUUCUUCAUCAUCGGCUGCCUGACGGAGUUUGUCGAGAACGCGCGUCUGAUGAUCUUCGAAACGUUCUGUCGCAUUCACCAGUGCAUCACGAUCGGCAUGCUGGCGGACAAGCUGAACAUGAAGCCGGACGAGGCGGAGUGUUGGAUCGUGAACUUGAUUCGCAAUGCGCGGCUGGACGCCAAGAUUGAUUCGAAGCUCGGACACGUGGUGAUGGGUACGCAGCCGCUCUCGCCCUACCAGCAGCUGGUAGAAAAAAUUGACUCCCUCUCUGUACGCUCCGAAGCGUUGACCCUGUUGGUCGAGCGAAAGCACAAAGCUAAAACUCAGGAAGCCGGCGAAGGCCACUGGAAGUAUUACUAGAGGGCGCAUCCCGGGGACAACACGCUUUUCUGUGCUUUCUGUUCGUGUGUGUGUGUGUGUGUCAGCACGCGAGGAAGCACGGGAAGAGCAUUUUACGGAGGCAAACCAACGCGGUGGAAGGUGGAAAGAACGAUCGUGUAGAGAGGGUACAGAAAAAAGCAACAUCAACCAACUGUAACUGUAUUGAGCGAUUUGGAGAGCGACGUGUCGCAGUACGCAGAACAUAACAUUCAAAUUCAAUCAAGCCAUUGGCGUAUAUGAUGAUACAUGAUAAGCGAAUAAUAGGUUGGAAUAAAAUGCGUGCCCUGGUGGGCAGAAGAGCGCAA